CAUGGAUGUAGCCGAGCGACCGGUUGCCUAGCAAUAGCCCUUCGACGCUCGGACCCCAUAGUACAAACUUUUAGCACAGUGCCCUGCACAAGUAAAUGUCACAUAGCCACCAGCAAAAAAGAAUUGUGGCAAAAAGUGCAAAAGGUCAGUGGAUGCAGCAGGGUCAGUCCUGUGUAGAAAGUGGCGGAGAUGGUGGCCCCAGGAGAGGAGAUGAGAACAACAACAGUACUCGUCCCCAGUCCCACCCUGAGGCUGUUGUCUCAAGAGAAUGGGACAUCAAAUGGAAGGACGCUUGGAAAGCAGAAUUUGUUCAAGCAGGAUGUGAAGCAAGCUACAGGCAAGGUAAAACACUCUGAAAGCAAGCAGCAUGUGUUUACUCAUGGUCUUCAUCGCAUACAGCAAUUCCCCUGCGACAGCCCUGUGCGUUAUAUGAUGUAUUCUGAAGCUGCUGCAGCAUUCAUUAGCCUCCAUUCAGACAACACAGUUUGCCUUUACAAAGAUGAUGGCAACAAGCAGACUUCCAUAGCACAACUCCCUUUCAUGGGCCUGACCGCCACAAAGUUCCCAGGCUCUCUGGUGGGUUGGGGCCCAGGGCCUGUCUUCACACUUCUGGAUAGUGAGUUACGCUCCAUGGAUGCUGCUCACGAUGCCCUGGACAUACGUGUGUGUCAGGCUGCAGAGCACUCCACAGAGUUGGUGACUGCAGGUGAGGGGAACGUGUGUGUGUGGUCCGUGAUGCUCAUGAGGUGUAAGGUGAAGAUACAGGAGGAGCUGCAGCACAGCACUUUCACUCAAAUGGCGUUGGCUCCCCCACGGUCUGACAGGCCCCACAGAGCCUUUGUUGUGUGCGGGCAGGUCGUGACGUUGGUCGACCUCGAUGCCGGGAAGGUUUUGGAGCACAAGAGGGAUCUCUGCUCACGAGCUAUCACUGCAAUGGUGUACUGCUCUCAGCUGGACUGUUUGAUCACUGCAUCUCAAGAGCUCUCCAUUAGAAUAUGGGGUCCAGAUUGGGAACUUCGUGUGGCUUUUGUAGGACAUAAUGGUAUGGUGAACUCUCUGUACUACUGCUCUGCAUUAGGCAUGCUGUUAUCAGCCUCUGUAGAUUGUACGAUCCGUUGCUGGAACGUGGAAAAGGGCGAUGUGGUCGAGUGUGUCCACACAGAGCAGAAAAACGUUGCGUUGUGCAUAGGUGGCACUACAAAGGGAGAUACUUUCUUCUCCUUCUCUCACCAGGGAGUUGAUGUCUGGACCUUCAAAACCUUGUACACCCUUCACUGUAAACUCAAAGGGGAUGAAGGAGCCCCACUGAGACAAAUCCUAGCCUCCCCCUUUCCUGCUCCUUACCCUACACGAGUCCUCUGUGUGAGUGGUUACAGUGAUAUCAUGCUUGUGGCUGCAGAAACAGGAGCAGUGUUGACUUCAUUCAAGGCAGAGCAGAGGAUUUUGUGUGCUGACUACUGCCUGCAAAAAGAGAUUCUGUUGGCUCUGACUGUCACAGGUACGGUGCUCCAAGCCAACACACUCACUAAUCCAAUCACUUUGAUGAAAGAGUGGAAGAGGAGAGGCCAGGGGCCCUGGAAGAACACAGACCAUGUGACUGAGGAUGACGCCCAGAAUCUGCCGAUCCCUGGCCCGGCUUUCUGUCUGAUACUCUACAGUUAUGUGGCUGAAACACAGGGAGCUUUAGAAGAGUGGAGGAGUUUGCAGGAGGAAAGAGGAUGCAGUCAUAGGAAUGAGGCAGCUCUUGAUGAUGCCAAGAAUAGGUUUUUGAUCAUUCUCGGCCAAAGUGGAGGCUGUGUGAGUGUCCUGAAAAUUGAUAAUGGGAAGGUCUUGCAAAGGAUGCCAGCACACAAUGGCCAGAGAGUCACCGCAUUGCAGGUGUAUCCUGAGAACGGUUACCUCCUCUCCACAGGUGAGGACAUGACAGUGGUGGUGUGGAAAGUUAACCCCUACAUCCAGGAGUGUCUCACCCAACAGCUGAGCCUGCACUGUGGCCAGUCUCCAGUCUACCUGGCAGCACUAGGGCCCAAGCUGGCCCUGCCCUUUCACGAGCCCAACAGUGGCACCUACAACCUGAUGCACUUUAACCUACUCAACCAGAGCCAGAAAUGCCCACCCAAAGAGGGACAUUCAGACCCCUUCACAGGAUUGUGUGUGUGUCCUGAUCUGGAGGUGUUUGUCUCCAGCAGUCUAGAUGGGUUAGUGUGUAUCUGGAAUGAAGAGAAUCACCUCAUCAGGAUGCUGCAGUUGAACGCAGUGCCUGAGUGUCUGGCUUACAGUGGGUUUGGAGGGGAACUGUUUCUUGGCAUCGGAGGGGAUCUGUACAGGAUGAAUUGCGCAAAGUUCCUGCCACACAACUUUCAACAAAUGCUCCUUUACAAUUAUUGUGCUGAGCCCCUUCCUGACAUGCCUAUCAUCGAGAAUCAAGAAAAUUCCAGCAAAAAAAAGAAUACGAGCACAGACAAAGAUGAGGAAAAGGAAUUGCCAGCCAUUACCAGCAAUUUGUUAUUGACCGAAGACAAGUGGAGACAGAAGGAGUAUGUAAGCUCAGUGACCUCGAACAUGGACCUAGCUGCACUCCUACGAGGCUCAGUAAAAUGCCGAAAAGGAAAGCCGCCCAGUACAGAGGAAACCAAGAAAGAGGCUUUUGAUCGCUACAUGAAGAUAAUAUAUGGGUUGCCUCCCAAUAUUAAGGUUGAUUUGGGUGACACCUUUGACCCAGAUAAACUUGAGAUACCGUAUGACAACAAGCCCUGUAACCUUCCUACCUUACAGAAGAAAGUCCACCUUGAUGCUAAAUUAAAGAUUCCUGAGGAAAAGGCACCCACAAAGAGCUCCAAACCAAAGACCCCGAAAAAAGUCAAGCCAAGGCCUGUUGACAAAGUCAAACCCAAGAAACCUGUCAUAGUGGAGAAGUAUGAAGAGCCUCCAGAGAUAAUUUCUCCGAUAGAGCAACCCAAACCACCUCCACCCCUUUGGACGUUGUUGUGGGGUCUUUUGUGA